GGGAUGUGCUGUGGGACGUUAUAGGAGCAGUCUUAUGGGGCUGAUUCAGUCUCAGGCUUGUAUUGUAUAUAAGCCUUUACGAAUUUAAAUUAGGGCAUACAUAAUGGCCCAGCAUUGACCUCGAUCCCCAAUGGCCCAAUGGUCCAAUGCCCCAAUGCCCCAAUGCCCCAAUCCUAAAAUCGAAGAAAAGAAGGAAGAGAAAAUCCCAACCGAGUCGCCACAGUUAUACAUGGAUUGGGAGCAUCGUUGGGACAGUAUGUGCUCGAAGAAAUUACAGAAUCAAAACCAUUACCAAAUUCCGAACCAGUGCCGAAGGAGUUCUGCUUCACUUCCUCUCAUCUUCAAUUUCUUGGGCGAGUGCUGAAACGAAUUAGUCGACAAUGGUUCAAGCAAAACACCAGAAGUCUAAACCCAAAAAGCAGCCCCAUCAAAUUUCAUGGGCAGGUCAAAAAGCAAGGGAAGCAGAGUGACCUUUCAGAGUUUUGCUCCCAGCUUGAUGCUUUAGGCUUGAAAGUUGUUCAAGUGACUGCAGAUGGUAACUGUUUUUUUAGAUGGUUUGCAGGGCUCUUGCAGAUCAGUUGGAAGGAAAUGAAGAGGAGCAUGGGAAGUAUCGCCAUAUGGUGGUACAGUAUAUUCUGAAGCAUCGGGAAGAGUUUGAACCUUUUAUUGAGGAUGACAUUCCAUUUGAUGAAUAUUGCCAGUCCAUGGAAAAGGAUGGCACAUGGGCUGGACAUAUGGAAUUACAAGCAGCUUCUCUUGUUACCCGUAGCAAUAUUUGCAUUCAUCAAUUCUUACUUGUCUGUAAACAGCUGAUGUCACCUCGGUGGUACAUAAGGAACUUUGAUAAUCGUGGAAUUCGUAUGAUACAUUUAUCAUAUCAUAAUGAGGAACAUUACAACAGCGUGCGGUUAAAGGAUGAUGAAUGCAAUGGCCCAGCUAAGCCAAUUGUGAUCAAGGCUGAUGCUGUCCUUUCAGCAACAUCCCAUCAAGUGAAGCCCGCAGCCGCUAAAUCAAAAGGAGGCUCUUUUGACAACAAAACUACUACAGGAUCGAUGAAACUGGUCAUGGCUGGAAGUGGAUGUGAAAAUGUUGAUAGGGUUGAACAGGUUUUAGAACAAUUAUGUGGUGAUGUAGAUGCUGCAAUAGAGUUUUUAAUAGCAACACAAAGAAUGGAUGGAGAUUCAGUUGAAAAUGAUCAACUUUCUUGCGGAAAUGGUAUUGCUAACAAGGGAAGUCUUCCUUUCACUAAGCACAAUGUUUUAAAAGGUCAUGGAGGCAGUGAGCAGUAUGAGAAGGUAAACGAAAAUGAGAUAUGUGAAAAAGAUAAACCUAGUACUGAUAUUAAGUCCGUUCAAAAUGAUACAAGAUCACGUCAGGAUGACAAGAAAAUCCCAAGAAACAAGGUGUGCCCUUGUGGUUCAAAAAAGAAGUACAAGGCUUGUUGUGGGUCAGUCGCAUCGAAAUCCUCUGCUGAAGUUGUAAUCAGCCAAAAAGGUGCUUCUGGCACAAAUAGAAAAGAAAGAAAGCAGGGCAAGAAAUGUGGGUCAAUCAAAUCUGCACCUUCCAGUGAAUGUAGUGAACCACCGGAUGUGGGUGCACUUUGUAUCUGAGCAAUGACUCUGAGGUAUCUACAUGGCUGCUGACUAUUCUGCAUUAUCCGAAAGGACAUUCCUUCCUGCACAUGGUCUAGUAAAUUAAUUUCCUCUCGGUCUCCCUAAGCGGAUGGUAUUCAUGAUGUCAACACUGGUAGGAAACAUUGUUUAACGCUGAACUGGUACUUGCAGGUCAGGUAUGAAUGCUGUAAUAAGUAUUAUUUUUUCA